UGUGGGGUGGGCGGGGCCAGCCGGGAUCCAGCCAAUGGGGAAGUGGCCUCGCCCACUGGGCCGGAGCCUGGGGCUUUAAAUAUUCCCCCGCGGGGCCGUGCAGGGGCUCUCGGGACUCGCGCGCAGCGCUACCGCACUGACCUUCUCGCCACCAUGCUCUCCGUCCGCGUCCCGCUCGCCACCAUCGCUGACCCGCAGCAGCAGCAGCUCUCGCCCCUGAAGGGGCUCAGCCUAGCGGACAAGGAGAACACUCCCCCUUCCCUCAGCGGGACCCGCGUGCUGGCCAGCAAGACCGCGAGGAGGAUCUUCCAGGAGCCCUCAGAGCCGAACCCUAAGCUAUCUGCCCCCAGUGUGGAGGACGAACCACUUCUGAGAGAAAACCCCCGCCGCUUUGUCAUCUUUCCUAUCGAAUACCAUGAUAUUUGGCAGAUGUAUAAGAAAGCUGAGGCUUCCUUUUGGACAGCUGAGGAGGUGGACCUUUCCAAGGACAUUCAGCACUGGGAAGCCCUGAAGCCUGAGGAGAGAUAUUUUAUUUCCCAUGUGCUGGCUUUCUUUGCAGCAAGUGAUGGCAUAGUAAAUGAAAAUUUGGUGGAGCGGUUUAGCCAAGAAGUUCAGAUUACCGAAGCCCGUUGUUUCUAUGGCUUCCAAAUUGCCAUGGAAAACAUACAUUCUGAAAUGUAUAGUCUCCUCAUUGACACUUACAUUAAAGAUUCCAAAGAAAGGGAAUUUCUCUUCAACGCCAUUGAGACGAUGCCUUGUGUGAAGAAGAAGGCAGAUUGGGCCUUGCGCUGGAUUGGGGACAAAGAAGCUACGUAUGGAGAACGUGUGGUAGCCUUUGCCGCAGUGGAAGGCAUCUUCUUUUCCGGUUCUUUUGCAUCGAUAUUCUGGCUCAAGAAACGAGGACUGAUGCCUGGCCUCACAUUUUCCAAUGAACUUAUUAGCAGAGAUGAGGGUUUGCACUGUGACUUUGCCUGCCUUAUGUUCAAACACCUGUUGCACAAACCUUCAGAACAGAGAGUAAAAGAAAUAAUCGUCAAUGCAGUUAGGAUAGAACAGGAGUUCCUCACGGAGGCCCUGCCUGUGAAGCUCAUUGGGAUGAAUUGCACUUUGAUGAAGCAGUACAUCGAGUUCGUGGCAGAUAGACUUAUGCUGGAGCUGGGCUUUAACAAGGUUUUCAGAGUAGAAAAUCCAUUUGACUUUAUGGAAAAUAUUUCACUGGAGGGGAAGACUAACUUCUUUGAGAAGAGAGUAGGCGAGUAUCAGAGGAUGGGAGUGAUGUCAAGUCCGACAGAGAAUUCCUUUACCUUGGAUGCUGACUUCUAAGUGACCUGAAGAUGUGCUCUUACCUUGCUGAUUUUUUUUUUUCCUUCUCAUCAAAAAAGAAAAAAAUCAGCUACUUGAACCAUAUCAACGAGCUACACCAUGAAUUGUCCAUCAUGUUCACUAAUGGCAUCUUUAGCACUGUGUAGCUACCUCAAAAUCAAUCCUGUUAAUGCUAGUGGGGUCACCUAGAUGGAAAGUAGUCAAAAGCUACUCAAGUUCUUGAAAGAUCUUGGUCUGUGUUUGGCUUUUGCAAGCAGGCUAGCUGAACAGGACUUACUUUGCCUCUUAACAGCCGCUUUCUUGGCCUCCAAGUGUAGGGACUCCAGUGAGUUUGAUCCGGAAAGAUUAAAGAGUAACUGCCACAAGACUGUAGGAAGACAUCAGACUCACUGCUUCUGAGCAGAUUUUAAAGUUUACUUAUGAUUUGUAUAUAAAACUGGCACUUUACACACAAAUAAACAUAGUUUGAACUGUCAGGGUAAAGGCUUGAUUUUACCUAAAUUUGUUGGUUUCUG